AUGUCGGACGCUCUGGAUAUUGGCAAGUUAAAGAUCCCUGAAUUGAGGGCCGAGCUAGCUAAAAGAGGUCUUGACACAUUCGGUACCCGACAAGUACUAAUAGAUCGUUUGAGUGAGGCGUUCUCAUCCGUUGAACAAACUGCUGUUGAUAAGAAUUCUGCACCAAUGGGUGAGAAUUGGUCAUUUUUCUUACUCCAGAAUGCACGAGGUGAUUCGUUAAAUUCCGAAAAUGGUUGUGCUGCCAGACCGACAGAUGUGGAUUCUCGUCAACGUCCGGAUUCGGACCUGAAAAGAAGACGUUCUCCUUCCCAUUCACCCCGCCGGAGGUCGCGUUCACGCUCCCGUGAUCGAGACCACGACCGAGAUCGUGAUCACGAACGUGAUCAUGAUCGCGACCGAGAUCGCGAUAGUCGCCGAUCGCCCAGGAGACGAUCCCGCUCACCUGCCAGCAAGAGCAAGAUGUGUGAAGAACCCGAUGGUUGGGAAAAGAGCGAGUCUGUCUUUCUUGAUACAUAUAACUGUGACCUGAACCUCAUGGUCGACUCUGACGGCUAUUUUGCUCGACCACUUACGGAGGGUGGAUUCUCGAUGAUGUGGGCGGGAGUCCGCGCAAACUAUGGCCUUCUUUAUGGACGAGCGUUCUACGAAGUUAGAGUCGCACGGCAUCUGUCAGUUGAAAACCUGGACUCAGCGGCCGGCGGUGCAGCUCAUGUUGUGCGUGUCGGUUGGUCUGCUGAGAAUUCGGAAUUCGCUUUGGGUGAGGAGCCACAGUCUUACGGUUAUGGUGGCACGGGAAAGAAGUCAUGUGACAAUAAGUUUUCGAAUUAUGGAUGCACCUUCGGUGAGGGAGAUGUUGUGGGUGCGUUCUUGGAAUACACGAAUACGGAGGCCAUAAUGCGAUUCAGUGUCAACGGUGUCGACCAAGGUGAAUGCUUCCGAGUCGAUAGGUCAACUUUUGGUUAUCGCAAUGCACUGUUCCCACACAUCUACGUGAAAAACGUCGAGUUUGCAGUGAACUUCGGUCAAAAUGAGCAAUCUCCUUGGUUCCCUCCAAAUAUUCCCGGUGCUGCCACAUUUCUACUUUCCCCUCCAGAUAACGGAUCGUGGGAACUGAUGUCCAACGUCGACGUCUCUUCCAGGUCACAUGGAAGACUUCCACCGGCUUCUAAAGCGGAGUGCGAAGUCAUCAUGAUGAUCGGUCUACCUGGUGCUGGAAAGACGUAUUAUGCCGAGAAGCUGCGACUCGAUAACCGUGAAAAACAGUACAACGUCUUAGGAACCAACUUGAUACUAGACAAGAUGAAAACAAAUGUCUAUCCGUCAGCACAGCGUCGUAAAAUGCGCCCGUUUGAAGGCUUCAAACGUCAGGCCAUUGUUAUCGUACCCACUGAUGAAGAAUUCAGGCGUCGCAUUGCCCAACGGGAAAAAGAGGAGGGCAAAGAAGUGCCUGAGAGUGCGGUUCUCGAAAUGAAAGCCAAUUUCGCUAUUCCGAAACCUCUGAGUGAAGAUCCUUCUAGUGUCUUUGACGAGGUGAUCUUUUCCGAGCUUGAUUGCACCGAGGCACGCAGUUUGGUGCAAAAGUACAACGAAGAGGGCCAAGCAAACCGUCCACCUCCGGAAAAAAGACAACGCUGGGAAAGCAACAGCCGUGACCACGAGUCCAGUGGGUCUCGAGAUUCGAGGUACUAUGGUGGUUACGACCGAGAUCGUGAUCGAGAUCGUGAUAGGGAUCGUGAGUAUGGUCGUCGAGACGACUACAGGCGAUCUCCAAAUCGGCGGGACGACCGUGGUAGAAGAGACUAUAGGGGUGGAUAUUGUGCUGAGCGUGAUCGGAGUCGAGAAGGAGAUCGAUACGAGCGAGGUCGGGAUCGUGAUUACGGUCGUCCCCAAGGAGGUCGUUUCGGAGGUCCAGGUGGUCGUUUCGGUGGUCCACCAGGUCGUGGUGGCUACCCACCUGGCAUGGCACCCCCUGGAUAUAUGGGUUACGAUGGUCCACGUGGAGGCGGAAUGAUGAUGCGCGGUGGUCCAGGUCGUGGUGGUCCUCCGGGACCCAAUAUGGGUCGUGGUGGCCCUCCUGGUCCGGGUAUGGGUCGCGGUGGAUAUGGCGGCCCUCCGUUCGACCCCACUACCGGGCCUCCCAUGGAAUACCGUGGCGAAGCCAGGCCACCUCGUGGGGGCCGAGGUGGUUACCGCGGUGGUCCUCCUGACCACACUGGACCUGGUGGUUACGGGGGGUCAAUGGAUUCAGGAUAUGGCGGCCGACCAAGCCGAUUUGACAGUCCCAGCGGUAAACCGGAUGGUUCGGAGUCAUAUGCAUCCGGAGCCGGAAGUGCUCUUUCAUCAGGAGGAUACCGAGGCGGUUAUGGUGGACCACCGACACGCGGUUCUUACCCUGCUCCUGGAGGUCGGGGUGGCGGUAACUUCGGCCCGGGUGUGGGUCCCCCUCCAGGUGCGCGGGGCGCAAUGAGUGGUCCACCCCGUGGAGGUCAAGCUGGUCGAGGAGAUUCUGAUGGAUUUUCGGGUAUUCGGGGGUCAUCAGUAACCCGCGGAGGUCGUGGCGGUCGCGGUGGAUACCAAGGCGAGGCGGAUGUCAGUGGAGCGACGGAUUCUUCACAGUACCCUCGAUACGGAGCCACCGCUCCCAAUAACUAUCAAAGUGGCCCCGGUGGGUAUCCAAGUGACGAUUACAAUAAUCGAAACCGUGAUCGAUAUGGGACCUCUGCUCCGAAUGCAUAUGCGGGAUCAGGCGCAUCAGGGAAACCGGAGGCGUCUGAUUAUCAAGGAUCAUCGGGUUAUUCUGGCGGUUAUCAAAAAAGUAGCUAUCCUGGUGAGUCAGGCUAUUCCCGAGGAAACAAUUUUCCGGCGGCAUCAGGCGGUUAUUCUUCCGCAGGCCCGGGGGGUUACGCCGGAAAUACUGCGGAGUACCCUCCUAAUCCUCCUGGUGCAUCUUAUUCUGGUCCUGAUAACUAUACUUCAGCAAACGUGAGACCACCCAGCGACUCUCGUCGAGGAAGUGGACCAUCUACCGCUAGCGCUUACGGCUCCAACGAAUCAGAAAAAUCAACUUCGGGUCAGCAAGGUCCAUCAGACUCAAACAGUUUGUAUGCUUCCGGGUCGGCGCGCUACGGAGAUGGACGAUCUGCGCCCGGGUCUGGUCCACGCCAAUCACGUUUUGACGACAAACCAUCUAGCGUUCCUGCACAGCAACCGUACUCCAAUUACCCGCCCGGAAGUUAUCAAAGUGGUUCAUAUGGUACGUACGGCGGAGCGACUAACCCCCCAGCCCCAGGCGCACCCGGCGUUCCGCGCAGUGGACGCAGUCGUUUUGACGUUGGUCCGGGCAGCGGACCGCAAACAUCAUCCACCGGGCCCCCAACAACAGGGUCCACUGCAACGGCACCAUCUAUGACUCAACCAGCUGCAUCGAUACAAUCUUCCCAGCCUUACGGUUACAACUAUCCACCGCAAACAACGAAAACGGAUUCAACAACAGGCCAAGCUGGUCAACAACAAACCGGUUAUCCUUACGGUUACGGUUACAACUAUGGAUCAUACGGAGCGCAAGGGUCAUCAGGUGCUACUGGACCGCAGCGAUCAGCCGGAAGCACGGGUACCACUCAGUCGCUGUAUGCUUCAGCUGUUGCUGAUAAUCCACAACAAGGCGCAGGAACACAACCCAUGGCUUCAGAUCAGUCUUCGAUAACAAACGCCGCUUAUGCCUCGUACUAUGGCUAUGGCGCCUCAAAUACAACGGGUUCAAUGGCACCAUCCGGGACGGCAGGACAAACUGGAAAAUACGAUGCGGCUAUGGCAGCUGCGCAACAGUUCAACGCUUGGCAACAGCCACCGACUGCUCCAGCAGCUCCAACAACUGCGACUACGGCACCCCCAACUGCACCAACACAGUCCGGACAAGGUACAGCAGCCGCGGCAGCUGCGGCAGCCGCGUACGCUGGAUACUAUCCGGGUUAUGCAUCAUACGGAGCAGGGUAUGGGGCCGCCGCUCCCACUGGAGGUACAGCUCCUGCAGUAACUUCAGCAUCAUCAGUACCCCAGUAUUAUGCGGGAUAUCGUUAA